AUGUCUUUUUCAAAUUUUACAACUAAAAUUCCUGAAAUUCAGGCAACUGAUUCUGGAUUUUCAUCAGCAGCUCCAUCCAUUAUAGACGAUGAAUUCCUGGCUUCAUUUGACUUUAAUUAUGAGGGUAAAUCAUCCCAUACCCUACCUCCUUUCCAGUCCACACCUGAGCCAAUGUCCCCCGUUCCAAUGCUGGAUGUUCAAACAAGCUCGGACGUCGCAUCUCAAGCUAUUCCUACAUUGAUAGAUCUUCUUUCGGAUGAGGAUCCCUUCAUCCAAAACAAAGCCUGUAAUAUGGUGCUUCAGUUAUCUACUGAAAAAGUCAGUAGAGAGACAAUAAUUAAUUCACCUGGCAUGAUAGUCGCCCUUUUAGAAGCUCUUUCUAAAACAAAUGAUAUUGAAAUUAUUGAAAAUGGCGUUGGAAUUCUUUAUAAUCUUUCAGAACAUCGUCAGGGUCGACUAACAAUUUAUAAACUUGGUGGUAUUUUUGAGCUGGUUCGGAUGCUUAGCUGUAAUAGCGAGUCAGUUGUUCAUCUUGCUAUUACAGCUCUCCAUCUUCUACUUUUACACCAAGAGGGUUCUAAAGAAGCCGUCCGUGAUGCUAAUGGUCUCCCCCCAUUAAUUUCUUUGUUACAAAAUCAAAAUGAACAAUUUUUAUCGAUUGUUACAGACUGUAUCCGUCUUUUAGUAUAUGGAGACUCGGAAAGUAAAAUUAUAAUGCAAAGACUUGGUGGCACCACACAACUACUUCAAAUUUUACAAACUGUUUCCUACCCAAAUCUUCUCUGGGUAAUUUCCAAUACCUUAAAAGUUCUGUCAGCUUGUCAGGAGAAUAAGCGAACAAUUAUUGAAAACGGAGGAUUGCAGGCUUUGGCCAUGCAUUUGAACACACAACUAGAUUCCCACGUAUCUAAUUGUUUGUUCACUAUUCGCAACCUUUCCGAUGCAGCAGUGUUUCAAAAUGAUCUUCAUCUUUUAUUAUCUAACACAAUGGAUAUUCUUCGUUUUGCUCUUACCGACCAAGUUACUCAAGAAAACAUAAUCACUUGUGUUGCAGGCAUUUUGUCAAACUUAACUUGCAACGUUAUUAACAAGCAAAUUGUUCGCCAAAUGGGUGGAGUCGAAUUGCUAAUCGGAACUGUCAUCAAAUUUGGCUCAAAAGAAGAAAUCACCGAGCCUGCAAUUUGCGCUCUUCGACAUUUAACAUGUCGAUACAUUGAAGCUGAGCUUGCAUCUAAUGCAAUUCUGGAUUGUGAAGGGCUUGGGCCUAUAAUAAGUCUUUUAAAGACUAACAGUUGGCCAUUGAAAAAAGCCGUCGUGGGCUUACUACGAAACUUGGCUUUACUUGACGCAAAUAUCGUUCCACUACGUGAUCACUACGCCAUUGAAAAUCUUGCUGAGGUCUUAAAUGAAGCAAAAAUCGCCUCACGAUCUGUUGAUUUAGGAGCAGGAGUAGUGCCAAUGGACGCACCCCUAAUACCAGAUCCAAAAAUCGAGGCAAUCAUUGAAGAGGCUGCCGCGACGCUCAAAAUAAUGGCCAAAGACCCUCUUAGUAAACAUAAGAUUCAAGAAAAAUCUUUUUUCUUUGAGGAAUUUAUCGUUGACAUCUUUAACACAUCUAUUAAUUGA